AUGGAAUUCACUAACGUGUUCAAAGCCAAUAUUGCCCCCAUUCCUGCGCUCAGCGCUGGUGAGGACACGACAGGUAUAAGAGAUAGUUUAGUCGAAAUUGUCCGAAAGCCACUUGUGGUAUUGUGUCUCUCCGAGGAAUUCCAGGAGCCCGAUUUUCUUGCGCACUGCAUAGAUCUGCUUAUACUUGCCAGUUUGUCUGGCAAUAUCCUGGCCUCAAAUCGACACAAUUUACGGCUGGUCAAUGCAAAUGGACAUCCACUGGGAUUCUUCAACUUUAAUCAAAUUGCAGAGCAGAUAAUUAGAAUAGCGGAGGAGUCAGAAGAAACGGUGGAAUUCAGUCAGUUGGCGGCAAAAUAA